AUGGAUAAUUCUACGCUCCCUGCGGAGGCCACUUUAUCCGUCCCUGAAGCGCGCUACAACAUGCGCAAGCGUCCUGCCAAACCGAUCACGGAGUCUUCCAAGCGCGUCUAUCGUACUCGCGGCGGUCUCGUCUCCUUGCGGAAGACACCCAAAGACCUCGUCCCCAUGCACGGAGGCACCCGCGAAUGGCGCCACCUCAACAGCGAUAACGACGUCUUCCGGUCAACACCUGCCAACAUCGCCCUACCGCGCGUCUGUCGUCAAAUUUACUCCGAAACAGCUACUCUAGUAUACUCCGAGAACUUGUUUUCCUUUAACAACGUCUUUGAACUCGAUCGCUUUGUCGCUUCGCGCAAACAUGCUCAGCUCGAAGCCAUGACGAUGAUUAUGGUUGAUAUAAGUUGGGGCGCGUUUCAGAGUGGAAGCGAGGCUCUGAAGAUGGUGCUUAGGAGCCUGGGUAGAUGCAAGGGGUUGAAGAAACUGUAUAUGGGAGAGCUUAGGGGUCUAUGGAGCACCAAGAAGGAGUUUGCUCGUGUGAAAGAAGCGGAAGCUGCAGUUGCAAAAGGCCAGGCAGGUGAUAUCGAGGUUAUAUUUGUGUCGCCAUACGCAUUGGAACCUCUGCAGUGGUCAUAG